UUCCUUCAAUCUGUUGCUUGGUACUGUUGUGAAGCUGUGAAUUUAGAAGAAAAUAAGGCUGCAAUGCUUCUCCAUCAGAAAAAUUCUGGUUUUGUUCUUUUUCAUUUUGCUACAGAAAAUUAAUGGUGGAUUCAGCGGGACCAGAAAGGCUUUUUUUCAUAACUUUAUAGUUUUUACUAGAAAUCAGUUUGUGACAAUAAAUGUCAUAUAUCUGCGUGGGUUCUUAUACUUCUCUUGAAUAAAGAAAGAGCUGCUUUGUGUUCUACAAGAAGAAUGGAGAGGUACAAGUUAAUCAAGGAAGUAGGUGAUGGAACAUUUGGGAGUGUCUGGCGAGCUAUUAAUAAGCAGUCUGGUGAAGUUGUUGCUAUUAAAAAAAUGAAGAAGAAAUAUUAUUCAUGGGAUGAGUGCAUAAAUCUUAGAGAAGUUAAGUCAUUGCGAAAAAUGAAUCAUCCAAAUAUUGUGAAGCUUAAGGAAGUUAUCAGAGAAAAUGACAUCUUGUACUUCGUGUUUGAAUACAUGGAAUGCAACCUUUACCAACUUAUGAAAGAUAGAGAAAAGCUUUUCUCUGAAACUGAAAUCAGAAAUUGGUGUUUCCAAGUUUUUCAAGGCCUGGCUUAUAUGCACCAGCGGGGAUAUUUUCAUCGUGACCUUAAACCCGAGAACUUGCUUGUUUCAAAAGACAUAAUCAAAAUUGCUGAUUUCGGUCUUGCACGGGAGAUCAAUUCACGUCCACCAUAUACGGAGUAUGUCUCAACACGGUGGUAUCGAGCCCCUGAAGUGCUGCUUCAGUCGUACCUGUAUAGUUCUAAAGUUGACAUGUGGGCUAUGGGUGCUAUCAUGGCUGAGUUGAUCAUGCUCCGUCCUCUCUUUCCGGGUACUAGUGAAGCCGAUGAAAUCUACAAAAUAUGCAGUGUAAUAGGAACUCCAACUAAGGAUUCUUGGGCUGAUGGACUGCUACUUGCAAGGGGAAUAAACUAUCAAUUCCCACAGUUAGCUGGUGUCCAUCUCUCUACAUUAAUACCAUCAGCGAAUGAAGAUGCCCUUAGUCUGAUUAAGUUGCUUUGUUCUUGGGAUCCCUGCAAGAGGCCUACUGCUACAGAGGCCUUGCAACACCCAUUCUUCCAGAGCUGCUUUUAUGUUCCACCAUCUCUUCGCUCCAGAGCAGCUGUCACGAGAACGCCUCCAUCUUCUGGAACAAGGGGAGCAUUGGAACAGCAAGGUGCUAGGAGGUAUUCUGGGGCAAUAUCUAAUUCGAAGCUUGUUAGCAAUUUUUCUUCUCCAAAGUUAAAUGCUCCUAUGAUUACAGGUGUGCAACGCAAGCUGGAAAUGGUUAAUCAGAAUCAGGCUGCUACUAGGAAUGAUAAAUACACGAGUCCCAUUCGCAAGCAACCAAAAUAUCGCCCAGCCGGGAGGAAGAGUCCAACCUCCAUAAACAAAGGUAGAAGUGCACGUGGAGUUUCAGAUACAGCUGAAAAGUUGGCAAACAUGACAGUAGGUAGCCGCAGGCAGUCUCUGGUGCAGCCGCUGAAGCCACCUCCUAUGAAGACUGGAGUGCACUGGAAUGCCGGAUCAGGAGGUGAUAUGUUUCUGAGAUCAACUCAACCGCUGCAAUCUGGCAGAACUUACACCAGGAAAGUUGCGGGCUAAAGGUGCAGGAAAGGUGGUGUUUUUGAGAGGGGGUUGAAUAAUGGGGAUUAUGUGGAAUGUGUUGAGUACUACUAGUACGAAUGAAUGAUAACCUGGGUGUUGUGGAUUUUAUGGUUUUGGGUUUUUAGUUCAAGUAAUAGCAGUAUAUAUACUAUACUAUUUGUUCCGUCGUUUACUCAGAUUUGUUAUGUUUCUUUCUACCUAAUUACAUAUAAUAUGAUAAAAGAGUGCUGUUGAUAUUUGUGUUC